CAUGAAUUACAGAAGAAGGUAAACACCCAUAGCCAUGGAGAUGGAGACGGACAUGGAGAUGGAGGAAAGUAAAGAAACCGAUUCGCAAUCGCAAGCGACAGAGGGAGAUGAUUGUUCAUUUGUGUGGGACGAAACCACUCGCCUCUACUUCCAUGCUAGCACUGGAUUUUACCAUGACCCUACUGCUGGCUGGUACUAUAGCAGUAGAGAUGGACUUUAUUACAAGUUUGAGAAUGGGAGUUAUGUGCUUUUGGAAUUCGACAAGGUUAAUGCAAUUGAAUCACAUAGUUCACCAGGAAUAGUUCCUGAUAAUUCUGUUCAAGAUGAGUCAUCUACACAGUUCUGUUGCCAUAGUGAGGAGAAUGUUUCUUCAUUGCCAAUGGAUCAAUCUGAUGCCUACCCAUUUAGUGAAACUGUUCCCGAUGAAAGUGCUCUCGGUGAGCCACCGUGCAUGUGGUACACAAAAUGCACUACUGAUCAACCAACUGAAAAUCCACCUCCACCAUCAGAGUGUGUAUAUAUUCAAUUCAGGUUAGAAGAAACCCUCAUCAACCUUUAUCUCUCUGGGUAUAACCAAGUAAUCAAUAAUGUUGAUGUUUCAGCAGCGUCUUUGGAAGUCAAUGGCGGCGAUAGCUUAAACUGUUCGGCUGAUGGUGCGUCUAAUGAUGAUACUCAGAUGUUAAAAGAUGGUGAUUGGAUCUCAGAACAUCAUUGUAAAGUAACUGAUGAAUGUGAAAGUACCAUAGAUAAAGAUGCUUCAAGGGAUGAAGAAAAUUGGCAAGCUCAGUAUGGUGAAGUAGUUCAUUCUAGGGAACAGCCAGUACAAGAUAUUCGUGCUGUGGAUUUGUGGGACUGGGCAAAGAUCACAGGUUUCGGAAAGGAUGGAAAAGGUCAGACAACUAGGCUGGUUGGACGGCUGGUGAAACAGUCUGCUAAGCUUCAUCCUUCUAUGCCUUCCAGUGGCAGUUUUUUCAGAACUGCUCCAAUAUGUGAAGCACAUCUUGACCUGGUACGAGUUAGAACAGGGCAAGUGUAUAAGUUGCAUAGUCCUUGUGCAAGAUACUUGGCUUCCUUGUCAAGUUAUGAUUCUGCCAACCCAACAAAAGAUUGGGGUGUCCCUGAAUUAUCAAUGAACAUUCAAUAUAUCCCCUUAACAAAAUCUAGUGAGAAAAGUGAACUAAAAUUGGCAGAUGAAGACACUGAUUGCAAGGGCAUGUUUACAUCACCCAGUCAUCAUUCCAUAUCUAAAAAGCAAAGAAUCUAUGAAUAUAGGGAUAGAGCUGCUGAGAGGAGAAACUUUCAUGGUGGUUUUGGUGUGGGCCCUGGGCAAAAGAGUACAUUAGUUGAUGAAGUUUGUAGCCCUUCAUCUCCUGUUUCGACUUCUACAGAGAAUGCUGCAGCUGAAGCCUUGAACAUGUCAUUUGGAACUGGGAGUUAUGCCAGGAAAAUGCUUGAAAAGAUGGGCUGGAAGGAGGGGGAGGGUCUGGGCAACACAAGAAAGGGCUUGAUCAAGCCUCUACAAGCAGUUGGAAACGUAGGCAAUGCUGGAGUGGGGUGGCCUGGCGGCAGAAUGACCGAGUAAAGAACAACUGACAGCUGAAUAUUUGUUUGGGAGAAUUAUUAGUUUUCUGUAUGUUUGUCAUUAUUCAUCAGCAUGUCUCUGUAUAUUUAUAAAUAUAUUAGUGUAUCUAUAACCUUUUAUUUUAUCUACCAUUUAAUCAUUCCGUAUA